AUGGCUGAGGCUUCAACCCGUCGGUUUCUGCUGAACCGAACAAUACAAAUAUCAAUAGUUCUUCUACUGUUCCUGGGCGGUUUCGCCAGCGCAGAUGUGCCAAACAGAAUCCAGUCGGAGCGGUACGCCCAUGGCUUCGAAGGCGCAUUCCCAUUACAGCGGUACUACUCCGCGAUGAUUUCAGGGCCGAUUUUGAAUUUUUGGCAGCAGAGUCCGGAGUGUCAAGAUGGGCAAUAUACUGUCAUUGCGCCUCAUGGCGAUGCGGUACAUCAUUCUGGGCCGAUGAUUCUGGAUCAGGACGGUCAUCUCAUUUGGUACCAGGAAAAUAAGCAGUCGUUCAAUGCGGAUAUCUGUACUUUCAAAGGGGAUAAAUAUCUUAGCUUUUGGGCUGGAAAUGAUUCGUUCGUUGGACAUGGCGAGGGGUUCGGGUACUUGGUUAAUUCUCACUACGAGGAAAAGUAUAAAAUCCAUGGCGCAAAUGGUCUCCAGAUGGAUUUACAUGAAUUUCACAUCACUAGCGAUGACACUGCGCUUUUUACCGUUUAUGACAAGAUCCCCGCAGACCUCCGUGAGACAGACGGGAAAGAAGACGGAUGGAUAUGGGACGGCGCCUUUCAAGAAGUAGACGUUGAGACGAACGAACUUCUCUUCCAAUGGCACGCAUCGGAUCACUUCACCUUUCGCGAGGUCGAGCGCGGCCGUGAAGGGAACGGAGACAGCGAAGACAUGGCAUGGGACUGGUUCCACAUCAACAGCGUUGACAAGGACGAGCAUGGGAACUUUCUCAUCUCAACCAGAUACCUAAACUGUCUUGCGUACAUUGACGGACGAACUGGGAAGGUUCUGUGGAGACUAGGAGGUAAACAAAGCUCCUUCACUGAUAUCUCCGGUGGCGCGGCGUCAAAUAUAAGCUGGCAGCACCAUGGACGCUUCCAGCGAGAUUACUAUACUAGCACCACAAGGGCAAUUUCUCUCUUUGAUAACGCCUCGCGCGGGGAGGGUGCACCCGAGAACCCGAGUCGGGGAUUGAUUGUCGACGUCAACGAGAAAGAUAUGACUGUGCAAGUGCGCAUGCAGUACUGGCAUCCUGAAAGGAUCAGUAGUGCCUCACAGGGCUCACUACAGAUUUUGAAGAAUGGCAACGUACUGCUUGGUUAUGGGAAUAAUGCUGUGUGGGUAGAGUUUACUCCUAAUGGACAACCGCUCUGUGAAGUAAACUUCGGCCCACGUCAGGGUUUCAACACAAGAAAUAUCAUGUCCUUUCGCACUCAUAAGAGCGACUGGAUCGGCCUUCCUCGCACGAAUCCAAAUGUUGCCUUGUCUGGUACCCAGGUUUACGUUAGUUGGAAUGGAGCAACUGAGGUGGCGACCUGGGUGCUACAAGGUUCUGCGGGUAAUUAUUCCAGUCAAGAAAAGACUACUGUGCGACAAAUUUCAAAAAGAGACAUCAGCCGAACAGGAUUCGAGCCCAUCACUACUGUGUCCAAGACCGGAUUCGAGACUAUUAUUCUCAUUCCCAAAGAUGCGCAAUAUAGCUUAUUACGAGUCGUUGCACUUGAUGGCUCUGGUGGCUUCCUCGGUGCAAGCAGUUCCUUACAUUGGGAACCGGAGAAGAUGAAAAGUGAACUUGCGUUAUUUGAAGGGGUGGGGAAGGGCGAUGAUAAAGAUGAGGAAGAGGAAAAAGAGAAGGAAGACGACGAACAAGAAUCUGCCAAUUCUGGACACCACGUCUCGCUUCCACUGGUUUUUGGAGUGGCUUUCUUGGGUGUGGCCCUCAUUGCGCUAUGCGUCUGGCGUUUCCGUCGAAAUUUAUCUUAUAUCAUUCACAGACGCGACUUCAGCCGCGGACACUCUCACAGACAGAAUGGGGAGUGGUGGGAAGCUGUCAACUUGAACGAUGAGCUCGAGGAGUUGAAUGAGCUGGACGAGCUCGAGAAUCUCGAGUCCGAAGACCGAGAUGAUGUAAUUUUAUUGCGAAGAAGUGAGCAUGAGUAG